CUCGAUACUACUUAUCUAUCUUCGAUUCUCCUGCAUCACACACCCACCAACCAUGGACGUCUCCAGCAACCGGCUCUUCCGCUGGUCCAAGCCCGAAUGGCUGAACAACUCCGCCGUUCGCAACGCAGGCGUCUACACCUCCGGCGCACUGUUCUCCCUCGGCUUCUUUUUCCUCAUUGACGCCGCCGCCUUCUCGCACAGCUCGCGCAACGGCUCCUUCGUGCACGUCAAAUUCGUCGACUGGAUCCCGGGCAUCUGCUCCGCGCUCGGCAUGCUGGUCAUCAACUCGAUCGAGAAGUCGCGUCUCCAGGCCGACAGCUUCAGUUACAGCGGGAGCGGGGUCGCGUGGAAAGCGCGCUUUGUGCUGUUCUUGGGCUUUGCGUUGUUGGCGGGUGGGUUGGCGGGGAGUGUGACGGUCAUGGUCUUGAAGUAUAUCAUAAAGGGGUAUCCGUUCCCGACGCUGUACUUUGGCAUUGCGAAUGUGAUUGCCAAUGGGUUAGUUAUGAUGAGCACGUUCGUUCUCUGGAUCUCGCAGAAUAUAGAAGACGACUAUACCUAUAAUCUGGCGCUGUGAGGGGGUCCCCAGGGGUUAUUGAGUUGCGAUUGAGUGGUAGAUUGGUCGGUGGAUUGGUCGGUGGAUUGAUAUGAAAAUGGGACUCUUGGACUCGGUACUUGAUCCCGUGGCGAUGCUGCCAGGGUUGGUUGUUGUUACUAUAUCAUGGAUUUGUCCUUUGUCCCUCUCUCUCUCUUCCUUGCUCCCUUCCUUGGGAGAUUGAAUGGGCUUCUGGUGUUGUUGUGAGAUACAUGUGCAGUCUCUUUGUUUUUUUCUUUUCUGCGUUCUUAGGCAGUUUAGCAUGUUUGUUUUCUUGUUUUUUACUUUAUUUUGUUUUAUCAUGGUAUGAUUGAUGCUUGAUUUGGAUCCAUUUCUAAGCUCCUG